AUGCUCAGACCCACCGCUCUGCACAGCGCUUUGCAAGCUCUGCUGGAGGAUGACCUGUCGGAUGAUGUCGCUAGGUGCGAGACAGCCUUGUUAGCUCUGCCAGAUUCAGGCUUGCUCUACGCAGCAGCCCAUCGACCAAAAUCGUCAUCAGCCGACGCGUUCCCUGCAACAGCCGAAGGCCCCACUUCGGCUCACCCAUCAGCAGCAGCAAAUGCAGCUUCGAUAGGAUCCGCUCUGAUGGGUGCCGGCGCCACUUCCUCUACUGCUGCGGUCUUAUCGCCAAGACAUCCGCAUCUCAGCACCGACGAGAGAGCGAGGGCAUUGGCGGCUGUUGCGACGCAAGCUUGGAGGGAGGAACAGCCUCAUCAGGCAUCAUCAGGUGCAUUUGCCAAUAGAAGUAAUAACAACGCUGUGGCACCGAAUGGGGAUCGAGGAAGGAGCAGAAGCACAACGCUUCAGGGCGCCUCUCUCAGCGAUGCCCUCCCCACAAGCUCGGCCGGCGAAGACCUGACUAGCGCAACGAGCAUUUUGUUUCACUCCGAGCUCGGAGCAACGCUCGUCAUGCCAUUGCGCUCCACUGCCAGGACCACAAUGAGGAUCGAAAGCGAUCCCCGGCGUGCGCAGCAAGAAUCCCAACCGGUCAUGUUACUGGUGCUCAACUCCGCUAGCUACGACUGGCACGAAGCUUCAUCGGACAGUCUCGAUCCUCAACUCGAGGCGCAAAGCGAAGCAAGAAGGAGCGAGGACGACGAUGCAUUGAAUCCGACCCCUACCAACGGCACGAUUGGCUUUGCGCUGGACGAAGAAGCAAAGGCUCGAGACAUCUGGAAGACGAUGCUCGAGCUCGCACAAGCGUUUGAAGCGCAUGUUUGUCCUUCGCUAGCGCAGGCUUUUGCUCCUGCGCACCAACAACCUCCUGCUGCCAAAUUAGCUUGA